UUUGAUGGACAUAGGAUGCAACACCAAUGGUAAAUCACGUCAAAAUUCUUCAUAUCAAUCGAACGGUGGAAAUCUAGGUUGCAAAAUGACGCAAACCUACAAAGAAAACCAGAGAAUAAAAGCUCUAUAUGUGGAGGCCCUAACCUCAUCCUUCACCUGCGUUGUGUUCCUGUUUUUUCUUCUGCGCACCACUUCACCAAAUCCUCUGUCUCUUCCUACUCAGAGAGAGAGCAAGCCACUUUGUAGCCAAACAAGGGUACAUUAAAUUUUAAGUUUUUAUCUAUUUCAGCCUGCCAAAGGCCCUUCAGCAUAAACUUAAAACCAGGUCCUCUAUCCUCAUAUUGGAUGGCUAUUAUACCUUGUGGAAUUACAUGUGUUGCCCAGUGGGGUAUUCGUCCUCAGUUUACCAUACGGUCUUAUGUUCCAAACCGAAUAAUGACAGUGCAAUCCAGGGUAACAAGUACAACGAGUUAUUUGGGAGCACCAAGUUCAAGUUUAUUUUCACGUGAUUCCUUACCAUUUUUAUCCUUUGUGGGGUCGUCUCGAGCAUCACAUCGUCAUAGGGGGGCACGGUUCAUCGUUAGAGCUGAAACUGAUUAUUAUUCUGUCCUUGGGGUGUCAAGAAACGCAAGUAAAUCUGAAAUUAAAAGUGCUUAUCGGAAGCUUGCUCGGAGUCAUCAUCCAGAUGUGAACAAAGAUCCGGGGGCAGAGCAGAAGUUCAAGGAAAUUAGCAAUGCAUAUGAGGUCUUGUCAGAUGAUGAGAAACGAUCUCUAUAUGACAAAUAUGGGGAGGCUGGACUUAAAGGUGCUGGUAUGGGAAUGGGGGAUUUUAGCAAUCCUUUUGAUCUGUUUGAGUCACUGUUUGAGGGCAUGGGUGGUAUGGGUGGCAUGGGCAUGGGUGGCCGAAGUUCCAGGAAUAGAGCAGUUGAUGGGGAGGAUGAAAUUCACUAUCUCGUAUUGAAUUUUAAGGAAGCAGUUUUUGGAGUUGAGAAGGAGAUUGAAAUAAAAAGACUAGAAAGCUGUGGAACUUGUAAUGGGUCAGGUGCAAAACCUGGCACAACACCCUCGAAAUGCACCACAUGUGGUGGGCAAGGCCAGGUGGUCUCAUCUACAAGGACUCCAUUGGGUGUCUUCCAGCAGGUAAUGACAUGCUCUUCUUGUGGUGGGACAGGGGAAAUCUCUAACCCAUGCAAUACGUGUUCUGGUGAUGGGCGGGUAAGGAGAACGAAGAGGAUCAGUUUGAAAGUGCCAGCUGGUGUGGAUUCUGGUAGCCGUUUAAGGGUCCGGUCCGAAGGCAAUGCUGGAAGGAGAGGUGGGUCACCUGGUGAUCUCUUUGUUCGUAUUGAAGUUAUCCCAGAUCCCGUCCUAAAACGUGAUGAUACCAACAUAUUGUAUACCUGCAAAGUGUCAUAUAUAGACGCUAUACUGGGAACAACAAUCAAGGUUCCGACAGUGGAUGGUAUUGUCGAUUUGAAGAUACCAGCUGGGACCCAGCCAAACACCACCCUUGUAAUGGCAAAGAAAGGUGUCCCCGUUCUAAAUAAGAGCAACAUGAGGGGUGAUCAGUUGGUCCGCGUGCAGGUUGAAAUUCCAAAAAGAUUGAGCAGUGAAGAGAGGAAGCUUAUUGAGGAGCUUGCUGACUUAAGCAAGGGCAAGACAGCAAGCAGUAGGAGAUAGUAUACACCGAUUAUGUUCAUUUCCCCCGGAAGAUGUAUUCACUGUCUGGUGUGUGCAGCUUCCAAAGUUAGAACUUCAGUACUUGCAAAAAAUAUUUUUCAGUUCUCAAAUGCUUGAAUUGCCAAAGGGGAAAGCGGCUGAAAUUUGUAGUCUUAUAUUGUGAUAGGUUUGUUCCAUAUAAAGAAAUCUUUACGGAAACAUUGGAGGUGAAACAGGAGACGAAGAUUAGAGAUAACCCCUUCUUUGAUUUUGUUUUAUGUUUGACUGCAGUCUUUUAUUAGCUAUUCUUUGAGAUUGAACUAAAAUUUGGGGAA